AUGCCCCCUAUUCCUCAACCUGGUGUGAACACGUUUGAUACUCAGCAGCAACCAUAUGGAGCACAGAACUUUGGACAACCACCACCAAUGAACCAAGGGUAUCCUCAACAACAACAGCAACAGCCACAGCCGCCAUCGGGAUCAUAUCAGCAACAACCACCAGCACCUUAUCAACCUCAACAACCAAUGACUCAGCAGCAGUUUAGACCGCAGCCACCAGUCCAACCUGGCUCAAGAUCAAGGAUUGAUCCGGAUCAGAUCCCAUCGCCUGUCGCUGUUCAAGAGGCGGACCAAGCAGAAUGGGAUGACAAACCAUUUAUCACUUCGACUAGGACGCAUGUCACUCCACUUGCAAGCUCAGACUUUAUGGCAAUCGAUGAAGGCAAUUGUAAUCCUCGAUUCCUUAGGAUGACAACAUACAAUGUCCCUAACACCGAAGACCUUCUCAAUUUGUCCCAGUUGCCCAUGGGACUUGUCAUUCAACCCUUAGCCAAGCUCCGUGCAGACGAGGCACCUAUUGACACUGUAGAUUUCGGUGACCAAGGACCUGCCAGAUGCCGUCGCUGCAAUGCAUACAUCAAUCCGUUCAUGAUUUUCACCAAUGGCGGCCAACGAUUUGUGUGCAACAUGUGUUUGUUUGAGAAUGAUGUUGAAUCCAAUUACUUUUGUAACUUGGAUAUGAAUGGUCGUCGUCUUGAUUUGGAUCAGCGACCUGAAUUGAGGAAUGGCACCAUUGAAUUUGCAGUACCCAAGGAGUACUGGAAUAAAACACCUGCACCUGCGGCAUAUGUGUUUGCGAUUGAUGUCUCUUGGAGCGCUAUCCAGAGUGGGAUGUUGCUGCAGUGCGUUGAUGGUAUUAAGAGGGCUAUUUGGGAUGAAAAUGGUCUUUCGAGGUUAGCACCUGGGGCACAGAUCAGUAUCUUGACGUUUGAUAAGACUGUUCAUUUUUACAAUAUUUCGCCAAGCUUAGAGCAGGCUCAGAUGAUGAUUGUUCCUGAUGUCAAUGAUGUCUUUGUGCCCCUGAGUAAUGGAUUCCUGGUUGAUCCCGCCACUUCAAAGACCAUUGUGGAAUCGUUGUUGGAUAUGCUUCCUCAAUUGUUUGCAGAAAAUAAGACUACAGAGCCAGUGAUUGGCGCAGUUGUGCAGGCGGUCCAAGCAGCGCUGGAGAGCCGUGGAGGCAAACUAAUUGUGUUCCAAACUGCAUUGCCAACAUUCGGACCAGGGGCACUGAAGCACCGCGAUGAUUCAAAGGUUUAUGGCACCGAUAAGGAGCGCACGUUAUUUGCACCUCAAGAUGAUUUUUACAAAAAGCUGGGUGAAUCUUGCGUGGAGGCAGGCCUGUCUGUUGAUCUAUUCCUGUUCCCGAAUGCAUAUGUGGAUGUGGCUUCUGUAGGAUGCCUGUCAAGCAUCACGGGUGGAGAAACGCAAUUGUUCCCCAACUUUAACGCGGCCCGAGAUGGCGAGAAGUUGAAGGGCAAUAUAAUCAAGAUUUUGGGACGGCCAUUUGGAUACAAUGCAUUGUUACGUGUUCGUUGCUCAACGGGACUGAGGAUUACGGAACAUUUUGGAAACUUCCAUAUGAAGAACAGUACGGACCUAGAGAUAGGAGGUCUAGAUUCUGAAAAGGCCUUUGGAGUGCUUGUGAAGCAUGAUGGCAAGUUGGACGAGAAGACAGAGGUUAGUUUCCAGGUUGCGUUAUUGUACACGACUGCGGAUGGUUAUAGAAGAGUAAGAGUCCAUAAUUUUAGCACACCAGUGACGACCUUGUUGGGCAAUGUGUUCCGAUGGGCAGAUAUGGAUACUACGAUCAACUUCUUGAGCAAAGGAGCUAUCUCGCAAGGGCUCACCAAACCAUUGAAUGAAGUACGCGAUACCAUGACGGAUAAAUGUGUCAAGAUCCUGUCAGCCUACCGCAAGAACUGCGCUUCUUCCACUGCUCCGGGCCAAUUGAUCCUACCAGAGUCAUUUAAGCUUUUCCCUGUAUAUUCAUUAACGCUGCUCAAGUCCAAGUCACUUCGGGGUGGUAAUGACAUCAAUAGUGAUAUUCGAGUACACCAAAUGCGAAUGCUCAAGAGUAUGGGUGUCAGUGAAUCAAUCGCAUUCUUGUAUCCUCGUAUGAUUCCUGUUCAUGAAAUGGAUGAGAAGGUUGGCGUGAAGAAUCUGACAACCGGUCGGGUGUACCUUCCUCCAUUGAUCCGAGUGUCUUAUGCACGCUUAAAUUCAUCCGGAGCAUAUCUGCUUGAAAAUGCACAAUCAUUGUACCUCUGGCUUGGUCGCGACAUCAACCCUCAAUUUUUACAGGAUGUUUUUGGUGUUUCGACCUUGGAUGAAGUUGAUUCCAGCUUGCAAUAUCUACCAGAGUUGAACAGCAGGACAAGUUCACAGCUUCGUACGAUAGUAUCGUACAUGGACAGCCAGAGAUCCAAGUAUCUGAACCUGAUUAUUGUUCGUCAAGGCAGAGAUCAGAUCGAGCUAGAGUUCUCAAAUUUGUUGAUGGAAGACAAGAACAACGAUGCGAUGUCUUAUGUCGAUUACCUGUGUGCGAUCCACCGUAUGAUCCAGACCGAGGUCUCUUCAAAACCCCAAGAACUCCCUACAAGACUUUGGACCACACGUUAG